CUGAUUUAUGCUAUCAAAAUGUUUCUGUCAUCAAAAAGAUUGAAAAACUUGCAAUCAUGCGUUAGUCUUGGAUAAAAAGUAACUGCAGACAUGUUUUGCAGUAAGGCUUGCAUACUAUAAAACAGGUAAAAUCUAUGUAUGAUCUUACGUACUUUCUUUAUACCUAGAAGAGCUAGACUUUGAUUUUAAAGUCGCCGUAGGGACAGUCUGAGUUCAGGAGAUGAGAUUCAUGACGAAAGUUCAGGCGGUACAACAUUCAUGAAAUACGUAGGCAUUCCUUAAGAUUAAUUUAAUGAAAGAGUUCAAGGAAAGCAGCCGGUGAACGUUUAGAUGAAAAUGUCGUAUUAGUAAAAGUAUUUUCUUGCUGCAAAUCGAUUGCGAAACAUUGCUCAGCGUAUUAGAGAUUUGUUUGAGUCAGGUCAAUAUGUCAGGUGCUUGUUUGAUUAGGUGUCAGAAUUGCGUCAGUCACUCUUUUUGAUGUGAUAUUUCUGACUUUUUUUAAAGACGUUGGCUCUGUUUCUCUGAAAGUCCCUUCCUAUUUAAUAUGAAAUCAUGAAAAAAAAAACAAAUUGUGUAACAAAAUUAGAUAAUUCAUGCUAUGGUUAUCUAAUUAUAACAAAGUAAAUAGAAAAUAACAGUUUUCAUGCUCAUGUUGUGUAUAUGACUGAUUUAAUAAGUAAUGUCGGCCACUUACAGUACCAUGCUCCGAUAAGAUUCCAAACACUUCACGUCAAGCACUGUUGCUACGAGUAAUUCUUCUGAUAUUACCGCGGCCAUCGAGGGCGAUCUUUUGCUCGUUUUAUCGGACAUAUCUAUUUAGCAAGUGAUACAUUGCAUAGGGGCAAUGACAUGAUAUGUCUGAAUGAGUGAUACAGCCUUCAAGCUUGUCGCCAUUAGUAUCCAAGAAGCUGCAAAGACGUGUGUUGUUUUGUUGUCCAAGACGAAGGUUAUGAGAUGAAGUGCCUGGUGGUGAUAGUCCUCUUCAGCAGCGUGUGGGCUUGGCCUAGCGACUUUAGUGAAUAUGACGGUCCAAGCUUUGCCCAGAGGCAACAAGACAUCAAUCGUCUUCUGUACAAAGUUGAUGACAUCCUCCAGUUUGCUGAGCUGAAAGAAGUGGCGGAUAAUUUCGAUCCAGAAGCCGAUCUUUCAUCUUACAGCGAUGGCGGAGAAGCUGUUAAGCAUCUCCUCACAGAACUAAGGGAUCAUCGCUUACUUAAGAAACACCACUGGUUCUCCCUGUUCAACAAACGUCAGAGGGAGGAAGCCCUCAUUCUCUUCGACGUUUUUAUGCAUUGCAAAACAUGGCAAGCAACCAUUAACAACGCAGCCUUUUUCCGUGAAAGAAUGAACGAAGGAGAGUUUGUAUAUGCAAUCUACGCCGCACUCGUUCAUACUGACCUUGGACGAGGUAUCGUUCUGCCGCCUUUGUAUGAAGUAACUCCUCACCUAUUCGCUAAUUCUGAAGUUAUUCAUAAAGCUUACACAGCCCAAAUGACUCGGACGCCUGGAAAGUUUCAAAUGGAGUUCACAGGGAGCAAGAAAAAUCCCGAACAAAGAGUGGCUUACUUUGGAGAAGACAUUGGACUCAAUACUCAUCAUGUGACAUGGCAUUUGGACUUCCCAUUCUGGUGGGAUGAUAUUUAUGGUUAUCACCUUGACCGGAAAGGAGAACUAUUCUUCUGGGCUCAUCAUCAGUUAACUGUUCGCUUUGAUAUUGAACGUUUAUCAAACCAUCUGAACUUUGUCGACGAGUUGUACUGGGACAAGCCUAUCAGAGAGGGGUUCGCUCCUCACACAGCUUACAGGUAUGGAGGCGAAUUUCCCGCUCGACCCGAUAAUGUUGAAUUCACAGACGUAACUGGUCUUGUCCGAGUUCGAGAUAUGAUCAUCUAUGAGAGCCGUAUUCGUGAUGCUAUAGCUCUCGGAUAUAUUACGGCAGCGGAUGGCAGUCAUAUAAAUAUCAGAGAUGAACACGGUAUUGACCAUUUGGGCAAUAUCAUCGAAUCUUCAGCGUACAGCCCAAAUUUGGAAUACUACGGAGCCCUUCAUAACGAAGCUCACAUUUUGCUAGGUCGGCAAGGGGACCCGAAAGGGAAAUUUAAACUCCAACCGGGCGUUAUGGAACAUUUCGAAACGGCUACUCGUGAUCCUGCAUUUUUUCGCUUACACAAACACAUCGACAAUAUCUUCAAGGAGCACAAAGACACCCUCCCUCCCUACACCAAAGAACAGUUGGAGUUCACUGGAGUGGUUUUGGACGAAAUAGUUGUGAAUGGACCUUUGGAGACAUACUUCGAAGAUUUUGAAUUCAGUCUUAUAAAUGCCGUAGACCACAACCCUGAAUUCGGCGAGGUGGAUGUAAGCGCCGUAGUUAAAAGACUCAAUCAUAAACCAUUUAAUCUUAACAUCGAAAUAACCAACGAGAAUGUCGAUAACAAGCAUGCUGUGGUCCGUGUGUAUCUGUGCCCCACAACUGACGCUAAUGGUGUGGAGCUAAGCCUCGAGAAAGCUCGCUGGAAUUGCAUCGAACUUGAUAAGUUCUGGACUAAGCUCAUUCCCGGUUCGAAUUCCAUCAGCCGGGCCUCAUCGGAAGCUUCGACGACAGUUCCUGAUACCCCAAGCUUCAAGUCGCUCAUCGCAGCAGUCGACGAGGCAGUCGACGCGGGAACUGAAGUUCAUCUCGAGGAGUUCGACAGAGGAUGCGGCAUUCCCAAUAGGCUGCUUCUUCCGAAAGGACGCGAAGAAGGCUUGGGUAUGAUCUUGAUCGUUGGCGUGACAGAUGCAGAAGAGGAUGCUCUACAUGAGGUCCUCGAAGACGCUGAAGCUCACAGCCAUGCCCAGUGUGGCGUUCACGGUGAAAAAUACCCGGAUCAUUUGCCCAUGGGCUUUCCUCUAGACCGCCGAAUUGAUGAUCCGCGAAUAUUUAUGUCAUGCACGAACUACAAGAAAACUCAUGUUACUGUGACCCAUAUAGGAAAUUUUUAAAUAUUUUAAUUACCCAACUUAAUACAGGUUAUGGAUGACAAUUUAGUGAUCAGAUUUCCAAAAAUUGAUAUUUACACUGAAUGCGCAGAAGCUUGCGCUUUUUGACGGCAUAUCACGAAGUUAUAAGUUAGAUAUAAUGGCAAUAAAUUAUAUAAGUUAAAUUGAAAGAAAUAACUUGAGGUCCAAUCUCUAAGCAGACACAAAUACACAGGCUCCGGUACUCGAUCAUUCGGCUAGAUAGUGAUCAUUUGUGGGGAUGAACUUAGAUAGGCAGACUGGAAUAAAUUAAACUAGCCGGGGAAAAUCGUUUCUCAAUGAAACGAUGUUAAGUCCGUCAUUUAGACUUUGUCUAAUGAGAAAUUUAUGUUCUUCGGUAACGUUGAACUCAAGUCGUUACAUGUAAGGGCUCACUCAUUGUUUGUUAUAGAUUCGAGCAUUUAGAAAUGGGAUGCUCAAUUCUCAGGUGAAAGAAUUACUUUUUUAUGUUAAUUUUCCUUUACAUUUCUGUACGCAUACUCAGUGCGAAAGUUGAUGGUUUGUGUUGUAAGUCAAACUCGCAGCGACUCAUUAAGAGCUUUAAUCCACAAGAACGCAAUAUUCUGAAACAAGAUAACACUUCUAUAGAAAAUACAAAGAACGAAAUAACUGGAUAUAUUCAUACAUGAAAUGUUACACGUAAAGCGGUAAAUUGCUGGAUACUUACAGAGAAUGAGAAUAGCUGUGAACAUUGCAAGAGUCGAGCCAGUUCUGCUGAUAGUCAAUACUUUUCUAUCAAAGUAACUUACUGGCAUCUACUACGGUACGGAAUAAUAUGUACAUAUGAAAACUACCCUAGAAACUUCACGACAGUUCGUUCCGAGAAGAUUACCUGAAAGAAUUUCAAGAAAGGUUGUCAUGGAAGAUCAUCGCUCUAGCCUAAGUAAUUUAUUCACUAUAUUGUGCCUAUUUUCUCCGGUCCCAAUAUUCCAUCAAUAGCUCCAAUGUCUCAAUGGUCGCAGGUGUGGAAAACCUUAUCUUUCUCCAGGGAUAUGGAACGGUAAAUAAAACUCAUAUAUCAGCCGCAGAAAACGAAGUGUAUAUUACGGUUUCUUUCAUUACAAAACAAUUGAUAUUAAACGCUUUAAUUUAUUUAAUGUAUUCAGAAAUUGCAUAACUUACACGGAUAUUUCUUCAUCUCAUUUUUUCUCCGUACAUUUUGAAAUUUAUUCAGUUUCCGGUGUCAUCAUAUAUUUUUUCAGGAUUUAGUUAAGCACCCAAUUUUUCCCGAAAAACUCGAUGUCGACUCCUCAUUCAAGAGGGAAAGUUGGUCUCAAAUUGUCAGUUUUACUUCAAUAUUACUCAA